UCAGUGUCUCAGCCAGCUUAUCGAUGUGUUGUUUCAUGACGGCGAUCAAGUGCGUAGAAAAGUUCAAUUUACUGCGGUGAAUAAUCUUGUAAUCUGAUCAUAUUAAUACUAAUAAAUCAUAAUUAAGUGUAUUCUGGUUGGCUCGGUGUUUUAUUGAGUGAGUCCAUUACUGCAACACAGUCAGUGAAGUGAUGGGGACGGUUCAUCUUAAUUCAGCAAAAAUCGCCAUCAUCGGUGGAGAGUGCACAUAAAAGCAACAAUCUAUGCAGACCCUAGACGUGCUCGCAACUUUGUGCAAGUUUGAUUCAAGGUGCUGUGGACCCUGCAGGGGCAACAGUAGUGCAGACACGAACAUAGGCCCAUAUUCAUACGCUGAAGAUACGCGAACAUGUAGAUAGACGAAGAAAACUGGUCAAUCAAAACGAGUGGAUGGGAAAAUGUCAAAACAGUUUUGUGGCGAGGAAUAUUUGAAAGGGAAAAAUACUUUCCAGUAGGGUGGAUUAACUCUGGUGGCUGAUUUUUCAUCUAGUUCUGAACGCAAGUGUAGAUAAUUUAUGUUAAGAAACUGCGAAGGGAUAGAGAUAGGCCAGAAGCCUAAGAAGGAUGUAAUCUUAGUGUUGUGAAAAUUUAGUAUAGUGAAUCUAUAGUCAGUAGAAGACAUACUGGAUUGCAGACAGCUGCAGGAAAUUGAAUUAAAUUCUUCUAUAUUGAAAAGUGUAUUCAUAAAAAUGGUGACUGACCAGACAUGUUGUGUUGGUGGAUCGAAGAAAGGAAAAUAGGGAAUAGAAAGGUGAGUCAGUACAUGACGAAGAGAAGCGAAAGAGUGGAGGGUGACAAUAACAGUGAAGAUAUCGAGUGAAGGUGGAUGAGCAAGAGGGUCGUCGACGACAGAAAGUAUAGCGUAUUUAAGGGUACCCUCCUACGUACUGGUUUUAGCCAAUCUUGCAUCGUUCUGUGCCAUCGAAUUGAGUGUUCUGAAAAUGGACAUAUUGUGAACCAAGUGUCAAAAGUGAUACACUUUCGGUUUCAUUCCACUGAAAUUGAUUAAUAAAUAACGUGAGUCUAUCGACUACAAACGAGUUCCUGCUACGUAUUAGGAAAUUCGAAGAAAAAACCUUUUGUGAACUUGAAAAUCCAGGCGAACCAAAUAGAAUCAUUGAAUAUUCGCAACGAAAGUGAGGGGAUAGAAACGCAAACUGUGAUCGUUGGGGGAAGGGCGGGUGAAGCAAAGCAGAGGACAUUGAUCCGUUCGGUCGCUUCUGAGUGUCCGGUUCCCGUACGAUGGCUCACUAUCGGAAUAAUAACCAUUCCGAGGCGAAUAUCCUCGGCCAGUUGGUCAGCCGGCAGCUGGGCGACAACGUCGUCAACUUCCGCAGCAAUCUUUUCAACGAGCGACUCCGGAUCGCUCGGAACCUCUACAAAAAGGACCUGGUGUCGCACUACGGCUGUGUCAAUGCCAUCGAGUUCAGCCAGGAGGGUGAACUGCUCGUCUCCGGUGGGGACGACCGACGUGUGCUGCUAUGGCACGUGGACAAAGCCAUCCUGGAGAAGGAGUUUCCAACUUCUAUGAACAAACAGCAUUUGAGCAACAUAUUCUGCCUGGGUCUCGAUUCUCGCAACAAUCGGAUCUUCUCCGGAGGCAACGAUGACGUUGUGAUCGUUCACGACACUCAGACACGCGAAUCCGUAGACGUAUAUCUUCACAGCAAACCGGUGUACGGCCUAUCAAUCGAUCCCUCUAAUGAUAACAUCUUUGCCACGGCCGGCGAGGACGGCAAGAUACUGAUCUUCGACCUGCGGGACAGUUCGGAUGUGAUGUGCGUUUCGCGCUGCCGCUCGCCGUACCAUGCCGUGAUGCACCAUCCCUUCGAUGCGGGUUUCAUCGUGACGGCCAACGCCAAAGAGGGAGCAGCGCUGUGGGAUUUGCGAUCUCCGAAGCUGCCCACCAUUCGGUACGGUGGGGAGAAUGCCGCCCAGAGCUGCAUGAGUGUUCGGUUCAACAGUUUGGGGACGCAGGUGUUGGCACUGAGGAGGCGUCUACCACCCAUUCUGUAUUCCACGGGUUCAGCGGAACCGAUUUGCCAGUUUUACCAUCAGGACUAUUAUAAUUCCUGCACGAUGAAGAGUUGUUGCUUCGCCGGGGAGAACGAUCAGUACGUGCUGUCCGGAUCGGAUGAUUUCAAUUUGUACGUUUGGCGAGUUACAGAUUGUGAUGUGACCGAUACCGACCAGUGGGUUGAUCAGAAUCAGAUGGUUCUCUAUGGACAUCGGUCGAUCGUUAAUCAAGUGCGGUACAAUCCACAAAAGUGCUUGAUUGCAUCGUCCGGGGUGGAGAAAAUCGUUAAGCUGUGGACUCCAUUUGAGUUGAACGCGUGGCGCGGAAAUUUAACCGAGGAAGCCACUGGUCCCGAUAAUCCGAGAGAGGUGUUUACCAACGAAGAGUACAUUUCCCUGAAUAUGACUCAUGACUACAGUCAUCAAUCGACGAUGGAAGAUCCUAGAAUGAUGGCAUUUUUUGACUAUUUAGUUCAGCAAGAAAUCGAGGGUUGGAAUACCGAAACAUCGGACCAAACCUCGGAGCACAGCUCGGAUGAGAACGAAUCGUCCCGUCCCGACACAACGCAGACGUCUGAUACCGAGUCGGUUCAGAACUAUAUUCCACUACGGGGUCAGCACACAAGCAGAAGAGGGGACGUAACACAACGGACAAAAUAUCGCAACAGGAUUGCAUAUCUGAUUGCUACAAAGCGCAACCGAUUGAAACGACUGGCGUUGAAAACGGCGAACACACGGACCCCAAAUCGCCGUACGAUUACGAAGGCCAAGUACGGAUUACGGAAUCAGCCCAAGCGACCGGGCUUGGGAGCGUUGCGCACCACAAGGAAAGGAAUCGGCAAACGGAAUCGUCGACUCAGUACCAGCAAGUACAAUAAACGCCCGGUAUCACACGAGCAGACCAGCGAUUCUGAAGUUCCAAAAUCAACCAAGAAACGUCGACUGCAGACUACUAAUCUGAACUUGGCGGUGUAUCGGACGUUUCGGCGGAAAUCGAAAGGAACGCCGUCAUCCACUUCGAACACCAGCACACGCGUAGAGGAAACGAGCUCGGAUGAUGAUGAUGAUGCGGAGGACAGCGAGCAGCAGCAUCCGGCGGCUAAAAAGCUUAAGUUGAGCAUUGAAGCGUUGAGUAGUUUACCGUCAACGUCGCGCGGGUUUCCGGGAGCGAGUAGUAACAGUACGGUGGGUACCAGUGGAAGUGCGUAUAAUAACGGAGCUGGUCCGAGUGGGUUGUGCAAUGCCGGGCGAAGUGCGGCCAUUAAUGCAAGCAAUAGCGGUACCUAUUCCGGGAUGGAUACACCCAGCACGAGUACAGGACUGACUGGAAAUGGAAGAAACUUGUUGUUUCACCUGGCGUCGGCCACGAACGACGAUGAUGACGAUUCCGACGACGACCCAUCGAUUCCGGAACAUCCCACCUCACCGGACAACAUGCUCCGAGUGAUUACAUCUCCAAUCAACCACUUCGAAGUCCCAUCGAACUCGACUGCGAUCCUCGCCGUAGAUCACAACGAUAACAACAUCCUAGACCACAGCAACAACAACACCAGUUACGUGAACCACAAUAAUAAUAGCAACAACAAUAAUACUAACCGCACUAGUAAUAACAAUAGCAGUAGAUCAAGUACUAUCCUAAUCAAUAGAAACGUAAGCACCGACGCAGCAACAAUCCAGAAUGGCUCCAAUGGAGCCGGCCAGAAGCGGGCCCACCAUGCGCAAAGCUCCACCCCUACUACACAGGACCACAACGAGUCCUCUUCGUCGUACAACCAAGGCUACGAUCAUACGUACUCUAGUCGGUCCAACUCGCGCCUGUCCAGCAGUUACGAUUAUGACUGUUCUUCGAGUAACGACAGCUUCAUGGACUAUUUCAUCAACAAGAAAAAGCUGAUGGCCGGUUCUAGUAAUCUCAAUCAGGACCAGCCAGCAGCAUCGGGUUCCGGCAGCGUUCGAAAAUUCCCGGACUACAACCGCGAACUGCUGAAUCAAACGCCGGACAGUGGAAUCGCCACCGGACCGUGCAGUUCCGUGUCGACCAAUGGAGGGCUUCCGUCGGCGGCGAAAUCACUUCCCGGGGGAACCCCCGGCGGCGAAAGCGGUAGCAGUAAUGGUAAUUACCUACCCGGCACCAGCAGUACCAGUGGUGGCAGCCAAGCGGCCAACAACGGCAACAACGGAAUUACCGAUUUGGGCACCAAACUGUUCCAGCAAAAGGUGGCCCGGGUUCGGAAAAGCUACCGCAAGAACUUCUGUGAUGACUCGGAUAGCGAGUGAGGGGGGACACUGUACUGGCUGGAUUUGUUCUACGUACGCACGACCGCCGUUACGUGAUUUUUUUUGUUUCGAAAGUAUUUAGAUAGAGUGGUAGUGCUCUUUUAAGUUAGAAUUCGUGUUUUAUCAUAGUAAGAAACUUCCCAUUUCGGUUUGAUAUCGUAAGUUAAGGAAGCUCUGGUAGAUUAAAUUUUGGUUCAGCGUCUUGCCUUCAACUCAAUUUCCGAAAAUAUAUCGUUAAUUUCGUUGUUUCAUAUUUUUCGUGUAUCAAUCGAAGGUAUGUUUGCUUCAGCAAGUACCAUCAAAUAACUGCGAUAUGAGAAAAGUUACAAAACUGAACAUUUCACGAUAAGUUGCAUAAGAAUAAAAUUCUUUGGACAAUUUCUCGCCGAGUAGAGCAUAAUGAUUAAGAAAUCAUGAAAAUGUAAUAAUAAUAAGAAGAAGAGACUAACAUUUACGAUGUGUUUUUAAGUGAUAAUCCUCAAGCAUAUGAUAAACUCUUUAGGAAACCAGGUGCAGAAAUAGACUGUUCACCAAACUCCAAUAGACUAUAUCGGAAACCUAAUCAGCAGCACAUAGACCUUGAUAGCAACCCACUUCCAAACAUAACUAUUUCGUCGCAAGCAUAAGCAGAACUGUUAAAUAGCCAACAUUCAUAACCGCGCAAUAACCCCGGGGUUAAAGAAUAACCCAACAUACAUUGAAUUCCUACAAUUGCGCGUUAGAUUACUGAAAUAAACUGCAUACUAUCAAUGCUGUAAAUUAA